UUGGCCCCCCACAAACUCUCUCUGUCAUCCGUUUCCAGGAGAUAGCUACACAUUCCGAAUGUAUCCCUCUAGGGAAACAACCGCAGGGAGAAAAGGAACACACAAGCAGAUGAAACAGAGGAAGGGAGAGUGGGAGGGAGAGCAGGGCUGCUAAGAAGACGUGGCGAAACUACAGAGGCUCUGGACCUCCGCUCAGGCUCCAUACUGAGAGGGGACAAGUUCAGCGCUACAGAAACCCAGAGACUUUCCAAGACAAUUUGUAAAUACUUCACAGAACCACGGACCACAUUUCAUUUUUCUUCUUUUUUUCUAUUAAUGUGCCACAUCUUUCUCAGAAACAUUUUGCUACUUUAUACGUUGGAGCCACUAUAGCUGAACAGGACAUCAUCAUUACUUCAGUUGCAGUUCCCGAUUAAGUAGGAAAGAAAAAGGAGUAUUUUGUUUUUGUUGUAAAGCACAUCAGAGCAUUUCCGAUUUUGGAUGGAUUUUUUAUUCUUAUACUGACAUACGAGUUGACCGAUUGACUGACAGCUUUAGGGACUGUGCAGGAUGUUGAAUGGGAACACUACCACCUUGGAUGCACCGUCGACAGAAUACCAGUUCUGUACUGUGUGGGGCAAUGAGACAGAGGGGGCCUUUUACCACCUGGGUAACACACUGCUGUGGUUGGGCUACAUGGGCGGCAGCGGUGCCUAUGGGGCACUCUACAUCUUCGGCUGCCUAACUCCUGCUUUCUUGUGCCACGCCGUGUGGGGCUGGAGGCUUUGGUGUGGGUCUUUGCCUGUGGUGGUUUGGUAGCUGCUGGGGGCACUGUGCCUGCUGCAGCUGGCCCAUCUUUUGUACCAGCUCCACAGAAAUUGGCUGCGGGAGGAGUUCCGGAACCUCUAUUCUGGCGUUUACCUGCCGCUGGGCGUGCCGGUGUCCAUAUUCAAAGAGGUGGCUGCAGCCUGCGACUCCCAGGUGCUGUCCUUAGGUGAGGAAGAGGCUUACGCUCUGGAGGGGAAGACAACCAUUGAUCGGCUGUCUUUCCUGCUGUCUGGAAGAAUCCGAGUGUCUCUGGAAGAGUUCCUGCACUACAUCUUCCCAUACCAGUUCCUGGACUCACCUGAGUGGGAGUCGCUCAAACCCACAGAAGAGGGAAACUUUCAGGUACAAUUAAUCAGUGACCUUGACUGCGAGACAGACUGUCGCUACAUCUCAUGGAGGCGGCGGAAGCUCUACCUGCUGCUGUCACGCGAUCGCUACAUCGCACGCCUCUUCUCCGUCAUGCUGGGCAGCGACAUUGCUGACAAGCUCUACUCCCUCAACGACAAGCUGUUUGCCAGGAGCAAUGUGCGUCUCGACAUCCGCCUGCCCAGCCUUUACCACGUGCUGGCCCCACCCUCUGCAGACGCUGGAUCUGCCCAGCAGAUUUCACACUCAUUCAGUUCCAGCUUGGGUCUUCCGGAGGGGAACGCAGAUUCCCCAGCCGUCCAUGGCCAGCCCCGGCCCCAUUCCUUGGAUAUGGAGAGGCUCUUUGGUGAGGACUCCAGCAGCCUGAUUCUGGAGGACUUUGCUGACAUGACAGGCUCCUUCAUGGAGUAUGGGAGUGAGAGCAAUUAUUUGAAAUAGUAGUGAGUGGCAGUGAAAAACUAGACCACUGGCUGUUUGCUAAGCCACAUGUAAGUAUGGGAGCAGGACCACGCUUGCUCUCUGGUGACACACAAACUUAACCUGACUAAUGAAAUGGAGGCGGACUUCAAAACAUCAUGUCACAGACAUGAUCAUCAGUAGACAUUGAACACUGUCUGUACCUUCUCUGGAGGGUUGAUUUAGGAGGGGCAUGAUCCAAGUAUACAAUAUCCUGGGCGGUCAGUUCCAAUGGAUCUGUAAUUGCUGAUUUGAGAAUGUAAGGCUGACAACAGAGGUAAAUUUUGUGCAAAUGAAACCCAUCUUUAUGUAAAAGAUUUUUUUUUUGGGCGGGGGGGGGGGGGUCUGCAAUAAACAAGUAAUGUGGACACUGACACUUAAGACUCAGUCAGCAAAACAUAUAAUGUUACCGUUAUGCAUGUUGCAUGUCCAAGGCAACAAAUUGGGCUGAAAGGAUUCCUGUAUUUCGCAAUACAUCAUGUUCUUAUUCUUGCUUUGUUUCUGCUCCAGUUCUCCAGAUACAUUUUUGGUUGAUUGAACACCAAUGGCAGGUGUGUGUGUGUGUGUGUGUGUGUGUGUGUGUGUGUCAAGGGGUAUACUGUGUCCAGACAGAAUUUAACUCUCUUGGAGCAUAGCCCAGACUGGCUUCUGGGGCAGGACAGCUGCAGAGCGAUGGUGGCUGGCUAGGCCUGGCACGGUCUGUCACUGGUUGUUUUUAAUAAUGGGAGGAGGAAGGGGUUGUGUGUGGGUGUGUGUGUGUGUGUGUGGGGGGGGGGGGGGGGUGGCAGUCAAUGCAAGGCCCUGAAUGGUUGAGCUGUUAAAACGGUUCUUUUCAUCAAUGAGUUCAUCAGAAUGAUUUCAGGCUGAAGUGACACUUUGAACAACAAAGCCGUAAUCUGUAAUAGAGCUACACACGAGCCCCCCCCCCCCCCCCCCCCCCCUUAUUCACUCACCCAAACUUCUGUACUAAUUGGAUUAUUCCCUAGCGAAUUAUGGACUUUUGAAAAUGAUACUGCGGAAGAAAGGAAAAAAUGAAACCUCUUUUUGGACUGGCAGCCACUUUAUUGUGUGUGCAUGUGUUUUGGAGAGGGCUCUCAUUUCAUGUCUUUUCUGUGACAGUGUUACGAUUUAAUUGGGUGAGUGUGCUAGUGUGUUGACAGGGUGCUCUGAUUUCCUCAUGUGACUUUGCCUGUUUGACCCGAGGGAGCGGAGAAUAACAGCAGCAGCGAUUGUUGACCCUCCCCCCCCCAACCCAACAGGGGACCACCAGCCAGGACAGCCUCGUCUCCACUGGCAGAGAAGACGAGCUCCUCUGGUUCCCACUGACACUCCGAGUCUAUGAGGACGGCACAGCCCACUGACCAGGCAACACACCCCCCCCCCCCAUGGCUGGUUGGGGGCUCACAGACAUGCUGCACUCCCAAAUGGGAGGAAAGUAGAAGAUGCUCCUUCGUCCACAUCGCACCUACCUCCGCAUAAGCAGUCCGUAUGACUCCUGUGUCACUGUGUCAUGCUCAGCCCAUGCAGUUCUCCCACUCUGAGCAGCCGCUUUCCUGCACUGGGAAAUCCCCCCUCCCGUUUCAAGUGUCAUGCUCUGUACAGAGUAAUUCCACAUCCGUAGGGUGAAGCUUUCAGGGUUACUAAAUUACACCAGUGUUUGGAGUCACUGCCAAGAGAUGUCUUUGUUUCUAGAUGGAUGAACAGCUGUUUCUUUCAGGUGUCAUGUGCAUUUAUAUUGUUAAGGCUGAAGAGCUGACAAUGCGAGAAUGAACCAUAAAGUGCUGGCAUGAGCAUUGGGACAGGAGUAAUACAGCAUCAUCCAUAUAUUUUUACAUGCAAUUUAAUAUAUGUUAAUAUUUAAGUAUACUUUGGCACAUAGAUUAGCAUGCAAAACAAUAAAGGACAACAUCCUACAUUA